AACAUCUAUCUAUUACAUCUCAUAUUCAUCUUUCAAAGCAGAAAUAUUUUUAUUUUGACUAAAUGAUUCCAUUGAGCUUAAGUUUGGAUAUCGAGAGAGACCCAGCCAACAAACGGAUAUUUUUUUGUGGCUUAGGAAAGCAAAAGUCGGAUCUUCAGGCUGAGUCCCUCAAAUGUUUCCCAGCAGCUAAAAGACGUUGUGACUCAGACACCAGAAUAUUGUCUGAAGUGAAAGGCAUAAUGAAACAAAUCAAGGACCAUAUAAACGACAAAGAAGAACUUGGUGCUUUUAUAAAGAAUAAAAUCAGUGAUUUAGAGAUUAACAAGAGAGAGCUUGUUGGUGUCUUUGGAAGAACUGGGGCUGGAAAGAGCUCGUUAAUCAAUGCCAUCAUUGAUGAGAAGAAUCUUUUGCCCACUGGAAGUAUCAGCGCAUGCACCUCAGUCGUGAUUAAAGUGGAAGCUAACACACGUAGCUUAAAGUAUGAAGCGGAAAUUGAGUUCAUUAAAGAAGAGGAGUGGCAUGAUGAAUUAUGGUCACUGAAAACUUACAAGAAAGGUGAUGAUGACUAUCGGGACAUGGUUAAAAAGCUGUCAGCCCUGUAUGGAGAUGAAUGGAAAGACAAAUCCCUUGAAAACCUUAAAGAACCAAAGUAUUUCAAAAAUAUUCCAGAAUUUCUAGCGUCCAAGAGGAAAUCUUUGAAUUGUGACACAGCUCAAGAGCUAUCUCAAAAACUUCGUAUAUACACAAAGGGUGGACCAAAGCAGGAAGAUGGAUAUAAAGCACAGCAGUGGUUUUGGCCACUAGUGAAAAGUGUGACUGUCAGGGUGCCACACAAUGAGCUCCUCCAGCAUGUCACACUUGUGGACCUUCCUGGAAAUGGUGAUCGUAACAAGAGCAGGAACGAAAUGUGGAAACAGAUUGUUGUAGAUUGUUCUACUGUGUGGAUAGUGGCUGAAAUUACUCGAGCAGCAUCAGAAGUUGAAGCCUGGGAGAUCCUAAAAAGUGCACAUGGCCUCAUUGGAAAUGGUGGUCAAUGUCAGCAAAUCCACUUUAUCUGCACCAAGUCUGAUCCUGCAGAUGAUCG